GGAAACGGAAGUCAGGAGGCGCGGUCACAGCGGCUUCGAGCGAGGUGUGGCGCAGGCGUUAAGGUCUUGGAGAGAGGACCGUCCGUCUAAAGGUCUCACACCUGAGGAAACUUUUCUCUAAAGACACGUUGCCUCUCUUUCUGUGCCCAGCGCAGCCAUGGCUCGUGGUCCCAAGAAGCAUCUGAAGCGUGUAGCGGCUCCAAAGCACUGGAUGCUGGAUAAACUGACCGGAGUUUUUGCUCCUCGUCCAUCUACCGGUCCCCACAAGCUGAGGGAAUGUCUCCCUCUCAUCAUCUUCCUAAGGAACAGACUAAAGUAUGCCCUAACAGGAGAUGAAGUCAAGAAGAUUUGCAUGCAGCGGUUCAUUAAGAUUGAUGGCAAGGUCCGAACUGAUGUCACCUACCCGGCUGGUUUUAUGGAUGUCAUCAGCAUUGACAAGACCGGAGAGAACUUCCGUCUGAUCUAUGACACCAAGGGUCGUUUUGCUGUUCAUCGCAUUACACCUGAGGAGGCCAAGUACAAGUUGUGCAAAGUGAGAAAGAUCUUUGUCGGCACAAAAGGAAUCCCGCAUCUGGUCACCCAUGAUGCUCGCACCAUCCGCUACCCUGAUCCCCUCAUCAAGGUGAAUGACACCAUUCAGAUUGAUUUGGAGACUGGCAAAAUUACUGAUUUCAUCAAGUUUGACACUGGUAACCUGUGCAUGGUGACCGGAGGUGCCAACCUGGGAAGAAUUGGUGUGAUCACCAACAGAGAGAGACACCCUGGUUCUUUUGAUGUGGUUCAUGUGAAAGAUGCCAAUGGCCACAGCUUUGCCACCCGGCUCUCCAACAUUUUUGUUAUUGGUAAAGGCAACAAACCAUGGAUUUCUCUUCCCCGUGGAAAGGGUAUCCGCCUCACCAUUGCUGAAGAGAGAGACAAACGACUGGCAGCCAAACAGAGCAGUGGGUGAAGUGAUCUAUCUCUAGGUGACAUGUUUGGAAGAUCCUUCGUCCCCAAUUAAAGAUAAUAUAGCAUAAUGAAAAAAAGAAAGUAAAUAAAGACAUGUUACUUACCAGUA